UUUAUUUUUAUAAAGAUGUAUCUAAUUUAAAAUAUCAUGGAGAUUCAGAACUAUGCCAGUCAUCCUCACUAUGACUCUCAAGUUACUUAACAUUUUUGAGUCUAAGCUAGCUAAGCUACUCGUUUCAGCCAGGAAAAUUGGGGGAAAGCUAUAACUGUUUGGUAGUUUAUUGUGAAAAUUAACUUAGAUAACGUCUAUUAGGUUACAGGUAUAGUAAGUAGUUCUAACAUGUCAUCUAAAAUUAUAUAUAAGAGAUAUGAUAGAAUCAAAAUAGCAUUAAGUAUAUAUUUAUAUGUUCAUAUAUAUUAUAAAUUAUAGCUUUUAAGCCUACUUGACUGGGUCAGAAGGAAAAAAUUGUUGUUUUUUAAAUUUUGGGGCAAGGGAAUUGAAAUCUGGGAGCAUAAUUGAUGGAACAAGAACAAUUUUCUGAUCCAAAGGGGACAUCUAACCAGUUAAGAGUCUGGGAGUCACUGGUAUGUAGUUCCCAGGAACUAAGGUUAUUGGACUGCUAGUAUGUACAACUUCCUUUAGGGCCUAGAAUUCACCCUUUAAUAUUAGUCACCAAGUAUUACCUUUCCUCUUCACUUUUGUAAUUUUCCAGUUGGUCUAAAUUCUCUAUUCCUUUUUCUCUACCUUUUAGAUGCACAUUUAUGCUUUUGCAGGCAAGUUCAUAUCAUUUACAAGUACUUAUGAAUAUAUACUUUUCUUUCAAUUUCUGUAUUUAAUGUAUUGGAACACAUCCCCAGGUCUUCCAUACUAUUUUAAAUUUUGGCCAGGAAGUUUCCAUGUGUGACAGAACUGACAAUGGCUACUUUUUACUGAGCACUUUUUUGUAAGCACAUUUCACUGCUGUAAGCUCACUGAAUGUAUUAAUCACUUAAUCUUUAGUGGAACUCAGUGACCUAGAUAACAUAUUUAACUCCCAUUUUUUAGAGAGGAAACAGAGACAAAGAAAAGUUUAAGUAACUUUUACAAGGUCACAGAGAUAAUAUAUCCCAAUGCCAAAAUCCAAUAUCCAGUUGCCUGGCUCCAGAGUCAACCCUUUUACCCACUAGACCACACUACUCCUCACAGAUUCUUGCACUGAUUCAAAGCGAGAGACAACAAAAAUGUUUCGUGCUGUGUUAAGCUGAUCGAGCUAACAUCUUGCUUGUUUUAUUUCUGCUCAUACAUGAUAUGCUAGUAAACUCUGAAGGUUGGAUCACAGCAUUUUAUUUCUUGUAACCUUUGGAAUGUGGUCUUUUUGGUUGUCUACACGUAGCAGGCAAUUUCACAAUCAUGAGAAUUAGCAUAAUCAAGAAUAAUGACAUGAGAAUUCUAUCACAUUUGCUUCUACCAACCACAUACCUGGAAUCCUCUAGCUUUUGUUUUUACUCUGCAAAUCAAUAUGCAUUUCAGGAUCUUUAGUUUUCCUAACACAUGGCUUUUCUACCUUUUCCGUCCCCACUCAUCUUUUGCUAGUUCUGCCUACUUAUAACUUUAGCGCCAUGUCAUUAAAAACUCAGCUAUCCUGCAGUUGCUUCAUAUUCUGUUAAGUGCCCCACAUAAGCACUGAUUUACUAUAUAAAGGUACUUUGUAUACUAUGUGUAUAACUUUGUUGUACUAUUUCUAUCAUAGCUAGAGUUCCCUGGGUUUUGGUGGUGAAUAAAAUAUUUCUUGCUGAUCAUAUCCUUGCCCCCAAACCACACAUUUUCUCUGGCCUUUCUGUAUCCAAAGAGCUUGAAGUCAUGGAUGAGGGGCUUAUUUCUUGCCUGGUAAUAGACAACAGCAUUCCUAUCUUCCUAUAAGGACAAGACAUGAAAGUUAUUUCCUUUUCAUUCCUUUUCCAUAUCAUUUCUCUUCCUCUUAAAGAAUAUCAUCUGAACAGUGAUUUUGUAAGGUUGAAAACAGAGAUGAUGGUACCACAGUCUUAAUAUAUUAGAAAAUAUUUCCUUCUUCCACAUGUCUGUUCCUGUUUCUAGUCACAUUGGCACAUGGACUUAUUUCCACAAAGAAAUCAGCUAAGGCAGCAGUUUUAAUUUGUUGGAAGAUAGUUGCUGUGAAGGGAGAGAAGGAGAAAAGAAGGAAAAGGAGCCAAUUUUUACUGUUAAAGAAAGUAUACUAAACUUAAUAUUUCUAUCCUGGAGAGAGACUGGUGAGGAGAAAGGGGUGAAGAAGAAAUGACUGUCAUUUUUUCUGUUCAAACAAGGUCCCAGAUAAUUUAACCUGUGCCAUUAUGGCUUCCAAGCAGUGACCCCCUUCUUCAGAAAUCCAUCAGCUUCACAGAAAAUUUUGCUGGACAGCCUAAAAGUAGAAGAUCAAGGCAAACUAUUCUGCUGUGCAUUGCAACCUAGGAAAUGAGCCAACAUUCCAUUUAGAGGUAAAAGAGACAGUAAAAUGAAAUGGGAAAACCAAACCAUUCUGGUGGAAUUUUUUCUGAAGGGACUUUCUGGUUACCCGAGGCUUGAGUUACUCUUUUUUGUGCUCAUCUUCAUAAUGUAUGCGGUCAUCCUUCUGGGCAAUGCUACUCUCAUUUUAAUCAACAUCUUGGACCCUCACCUUCACACCCCUAUGUACUUCUUUCUGGGGAACCUUUCCUUCUUGGACAUCUGCUACACCACCACCUCUAUUCCCUCCACGCUGGGGAGCUUCCUUUCAGAAAGAAAGACCAUUUCCUUUUCUGGCUGUGCAGUGCAGAUGUUCCUUGGCUUGGCCAUGGGGACAACAGAGUGUGUGCUCCUGGGCGUGAUGGCCUUUGACUGCUAUGUGGCUAUCUGCAACCCUCUGAGAUAUCCCAUCAUCAUGAGCAAGGAUGCCUAUGUAUCCAUGGCAGCUGGGUCCUGGAUCAUAGGAGCUGUCAACUCGGCAGUACAAACAGUGUUUGUGGUACAGUUGCCUUUCUGCAGGAAUAACAUCAUCAAUCAUUUCUCCUGUGAAAUUCUAGCUGUCAUGAAACUGGCCUGUGCUGACAUCUCAGGCAAUGAGUUCAUCAUGCUCGUGGCCACAAUAUUGUUCACAUUGAUGCCACUGCUCUUGAUUGUUAUCUCUUACUCAUUAAUCAUUUCUAGCAUCCUCGAGAUUCGCUCCUCUGAGGGGAGAAGGAAAGCUUUCUCCACCUGCUCAGCUCAUCUGACUGUGGUCAUAAUAUUCUAUGGGACCAUCCUGUUCAUGUACAUGAAGCCCAAGUCUAAAGGGACACUUAAUUCAGAUGACUUGGAUGCUACUGACAAAAUUAUAUCCAUGUUCUAUGGGGUGAUGGCUCCCAUGAUGAAUCCUUUAAUCUACAGUCUUAGAAACAAGGAUGUGAAGGAGGCAGUAAAACACCUACUGAACAGAAGGUUCUUUAGCAAGUGAGUGCAAAAUGUACUGGAGUAUGAACACAUUUGAUAUUGUUGAAACUGCGGAAUUACAGAAUUUUGGAUACUUUUACUGUUUUUUUGCAUUUUCAUAUAUUAUGUUAAAAUAAUGAGAUAUAGCACAAAAUUAUUGUAUGUUCAUUGUAGAGAAUUUUCAAGAUACAGGGCAAUAGGAUGAAGAAGACAGAGGGGUUACCUAUUAUUCUACUAGUGGAAAAUGGCCCCUUUUCAACAUUUUCAACAGGAUCUUUCAUAUCAUGUUUUUUU